GGAAACUGAAGUGUAUAUUUAUUGUUUUGUUAAUAGAGUAUUUUUUUGAGAACAUAAAUUUGAAGAAAAAAGGGGAGAGGAUUAUCAAAUGGGGAAAAUCAUGAAGAGCCAGAAUUGCUUUUAAAAAAAUACUUAAAAAGCUUUCAAAUUAAGCCAAAAUAAAAUACAAAACAAAUCAUGAUUUUGUCUUCUGCAAUAACAUCUGCGAAAAUGUUGAUUACUCAUGAAACUGAUUUUCUUUAAUAGGGCUUGAAAUAGUUAUGGACUCUUAGGAUUCCUAUGCUAAUUUCUUGCUUUGAAGUCUACUGAUUAUGAACUUUGUUUUCACUUUCAUGUUGUAUUUUAUUUCAUGAUGCAAUUUAUGAUGUACCACCCUUUGAAUUAUUGGACUCAAACAAUGCGGCUCUGGGAACUGGUGCGAUCUCUCGGUGCAUGAAACAACAUCUCUAAGAAACAAAAAGGAAAUCAUAGUUGAAAACUUUGGUUAUAACCGGCUCAACAAUAUGCUUCUCUAGAAAAACACUGCGGGCAGAAAGUUUUACUGAAGGAAUUCUUUUUAAAAUAUUAUUACAGGUUAAAGAAGAGAUCUAACAAUGUUAUGAACUCGUAAACAAAUUAGGAUGAGGGAUUGUGUAUCUGGGUUCUUCUAGAAUGGGCUCAGUCAUUCUUCAUAUGAUGUUCGAGCACAAGAAUUGGGUAAAGAGGCAAGUAAAUUCUUACAAUCGCUUCCUGCAUGUUUUCUUGGUUACUUGUUAGUGAGUAACUAUAGCAACUUUUGAAUUUAUAAAAUCGAAAAAAACAAGUUCAGUUAGCUACUUUCUUUUUUAGUUCUGAACUAAUUUUAGAAAGUUCUGAAACUUUUUCCUCUCUGAAUUCUGAACUGGUUAAAAAACUAUUCAAAAUUCUGCAUCAAUAGAUCUGUUCUGCAACAAGAUUCAAGGACGGUGGUUAUAACAUUUCAACUUCAUUUCCGAUAAGUUUUGAUACUUGUCUAUUUUUUUCUGUUUCUCUUUUUUCUUUAAUAUAUUUCUGAUUUAUAAAAUAAAAGGAGUAUAGAGUAGAUGACUACUUGUGAUUUUAACAUGUUAAUGAUUAGAUCAGUUUAUGUUGAUGAAAGCUGACUUAGGCGCCAAUUAAACCAUACUUUCACAUACUACUAAAAUUAAAACGCCUUGGCAUAUGCUUUCAGUUGUUGCUGUUCUGACAAUCAAAAUGCGCAACUUAAUUCAUGAAGAAGGUUGCACAUAACAAAUACUCCUAUUAUUUUAAAAUGCAUAGUUUUCAACAUUAGUUGUUUGAAUAUAAUGUGAAUGGAAGGGAAUUUAGUUCAAAAAUAAAAUUACUUUGUUACUUCAUGCUGUAAGUUUCCUUAUUCCUUUCUUCAUGAUAGAAAUUGCCUUAUUACCUUGCUACUUCAUGAUAGAAUUUUCCUUGUUCCUUUCUUUCUGAUAGAAAUUGCCUUAUUCCUUGUUACUUCAUGAUAGAAUUUGCCUUAUUUUUUUCUUCAUGAUAGAAGUUACUUUAUUUCCUUGUUAUUUCAUAAUACAAGUUACCUUAUUCCCUUGUUAUAUCAUAAUAUAAAUUGCGCAAACAAGGUCUCAAGCAAAACAAACCGUGUUGUCUUCAAAUAACAAAAAUAAUCAGAGCUUAGCUCAAAUGGCGGAAAUGGCAGUGUCUUUAGCUGUUGACCAACUACUUCCACUGUUAAGGGAAGAAGCCAAUUUGUUGAGGGGUAUUCACAAGGAGUUUGCAGACAUUAAAGAUGAACUGGAAAGUAUUCAAGCAUUCCUUAAGGAUGCUGAUAAAAGAGCCGCAACAACUAAAGGGGACAACACUAGUGAAGGAGCCAAAAUAUGGGUGAAGCAGGUUAGGGAAGCAGCUUUUCGCAUUGAAGAUGUCAUUGAUGAUUAUAUGAUCCAGGUGGGACAACAGCCUCCUCAUCCUGGAUGUGUAGCUUUGUUCCAUAAGCUCAAAAGUAUGAUCCCUCGCCGUCGAAUAGCGUCUGAGAUUCAAGACGUUAAGUCAUAUAUACGUGGGAUGAAGGAAAGAAGUGGAAAAUAUGGCUUCCAACGUUCUUUAGAACAAAGAUCAAGCAGUUCCAGAGAAGGCCAGAAUUCCAAAUGGCACGACCCUCGAGUGGCGGCUCUUUACAUUGAAGAAUCUGAAGUUGUGGGCUUUGAAGCGCCAAGGAAAAGAUUGACUGAUUGGAUGGUUAAGGGAAGGGAAGAGCGCACGGUAGUUUCUGUGGUAGGAAUGGGAGGGCAAGGAAAAACCACUCUUGCCAAGAAAGUUUUUGAUAGCAAGGAUGUCGUCAGACACUUCAAUUGUCGUGUAUGGAUCACAGUAUCUCAAUCAUAUAAUGUUGAAGAGUUGUUGAGGGACAUGCUGACAAAGUUUUUCAAAGAAAAAGGAGCCAAUCCUCCUCAGAAUAUUUCUCGAAUGGAUCGAGGAUCAUUGACUGAUGAAGUCAGAAACUACUUGCAGCAAAAGAGGUACGUUGUCGUGUUUGAUGAUGUUUGGAGUGUACAUUUUUGGGAUGAUAUUGAAUUUGCUGUAAUUGAUAAUAAAAAUGGAAGUAAGAUAUUAAUCACAACUAGGAACCUAGAUGUUGUGGUGUCUUGUAAAAAAUCUUCUUUCAGUGAGGUGCUUAAGUUGGAACCUUUAACUCAAGAACAAUCUUUGGAGUUGUUCAAUAAGAAGGCAUUUAAAUUUGACAGUGACGGGCGUUGCCCGAAAGAGCUCAUUGGUAUAGCCAAUGAAAUUGUUCAAAAAUGCAAGGGCUUACCUCUAGCAAUUGUUGCCAUUGGUGGUCUUUUGUCUACAAAAGAGAAAACUGGAUUUGAGUGGCAUAGAUUUAGAGAAAACUUAAGUUUAGAGCUAAGUAAAGAUACUCAUUUAAUAGGGAUAAAGGAAAUUCUUGGUUUAAGCUAUGAUGAUUUGCCCUAUUAUCUCAAGUCAUGCUUGUUAUAUUUUGUAAUAUAUCCAGAAGAUUAUUUAGUUAGAUCAAAGAGAGUGAUUCAACAAUGGAUAGCUGAAGGGUUUGUAAAGGAGGAAAGGGGGAAGACUUUGGAAGAAGUAGCUGAAGGAUAUUUAACGGAGUUGAUCCAUAGAAGCUUGGUGCAAGUAUCUUCACAUAGAAUUGAUGGUAAAGUUAAAAGUUGUGGUGUUCAUGAUCUAAUACGCGAGAUGAUCCUUGAAAAAAAUGAGGUUUUAAAUUUUUGCAAGCAUAUUAAUGAUGAUGGACAAUCAACCUUAGACGGAAUAACUCGACGCUUAUUAGUAACAACUGGAUUAACAACCACCAAUUUUUAUGAUUUAAUUCCGAAUACUGAAAGGUCGCAUGUUCGGUCAUUAUUUAUUUUUGGAAAUAAUGCAUCAACUUUCUUAUUGUUUGGGAGCAUCCCUAAAUUCAGGUUGUUGAAGGUUCUUGAUUAUGAAUGUGUUCGAUUAUUGCAUGUUCCGAAUGAUGUUGGAAGUUUGAUCCAUUUGAAGUAUUUAAGUUUCAAUUAUAUUAGAGAUGGUAAAAUCCCAAAAUCCAUAGGCAUGCUCCAGAACCUAGAGACCUUAGAAGUAAGAGAUACAGAUACCCUUCAGUUGCCAAAAGAGAUUAGCAAGCUUAGAAAGCUAAGACAUCUUAUUGGUACUAAUAUUUCUUUAAUUGAACUAAAGAAUGGUAUCGGAGAGAUGGCAUCCUUACAAACGCUACGCAAUGUUGAUUUAGAUAUGGAUGGAGCAGCAGAGGUAAUUAAACAGUUCGGAAAGCUGAAACAGAUCAGGGAUUUGGGGUUGAUUAAUGUUCAUGGAGAAGAUGGAAGCAUUAUAUCUUCUUCAAUCAAUGAAAUGCAACACUUGGAGAAACUAUUUGUUGCAUCAUAUAAGAAUAUUCAUGAACUCGAUGAUUUGCAUUUGAAUUCCACAUCAACUAUGCUUCGAAAACUUACAUUAUCUGGGAGCUUACAGAAGUUGCCAGAGUGGAUUCCAGAGCUUCAAAACCUUGUUGUGUUGAGGUUGAUGUAUUCAUUCUUAACUAAUGAUCCAAUGCAAUCCCUAAAAAGUUUGCAGCACUUGUUGAUCCUCUCUAUAAAAGAAUUUGCUUAUGAAGGUUCAUGUUUGCAUUUUGAAGAUGGAGGUUUUCAAAAACUAAGGGAACUGUAUGUUGAAACUUCAAAUAAAUUGAGAGAUAUUAUUAUCGACCAAGGAGCACUUCCUUCUUUGAAAAAGCUUCGGUUAUAUGGACUCUUCAGUAUGAAGAAUAUACCCACAGGAAUCCAAAACCUAGAGAAGCUUGAAGAUCUCUAUAUUCAGUAUACUGGAGUUGAACAUUUGGAGGACAUAUCUACCGAGGAUUGGAAUUGGAUCUUCAAGCAUGUGCCCACUGUAGAUAUUGCUACCCCUAGUGGAUUUACUACUCUAAAUCUAAGGAGGUAGAAGUAAUACUUUAUCAUAAUGGGAAAAAAGGUACUGGGUUUCAACUUAAAAUGCAAUGGCAAUUCAGAUUCUCCGAAGAGACUUUUUCUGUAAUACUUUGGGAUUUUCGUUCCUCAGUAAAAAUUAUAGGUUUUGUUUGCUGUUCUUUAGUAAAACUGGUGAAUGAAUUCUCUAAAUUAAGGAUUGGCUUAAUAUUUUUCUUUUUAUUUAAUAUUUGACUUGUUUGUAAUUGUAAUUGUUGCGUUCUAGCAUUUUAAUACAUUAUUUUUCUUUUGA